UAGUUCAGCUGCGCCGAGCCCCGCGCGCCACUAGCUCGCGGAGAGGGAAGAGAAAGCUCAGUUCCGGAGCCCUUCUGAGCCCGGCUCAACCUUUGCUCUCGAGAUCAUGGCUGCCGAGGAUGUGGCGGCGGCCGGCGCCGACACGAGCGAGCUGGAGAGCGGCGGGCUGCUGCAGGAGAUCUUCACAUCGCCGCUCAACCUGCUGCUGCUCGGCCUCUGUAUUUUCCUGCUCUACAAGAUCGUGCGCGGGGACCAGCCGGCGGCCGGCGGCGACGACGACGACGAGCCGCCCCCGCUGCCCCGCCUUAAACGGCGCGACUUUACCCCCGCCGAGCUGCGGCGCUUCGACGGCGUCCAGGACCCGCGCAUACUCAUGGCCAUCAACGGCAAGGUGUUCGACGUGACCAAAGGCCGCAAGUUCUACGGGCCGGAGGGGCCAUAUGGGGUUUUUGCCGGAAGAGAUGCAUCCAGGGGCCUUGCCACAUUCUGCCUGGAUAAGGAAGCCCUGAAGGAUGAGUACGACGACCUUUCUGACCUCAAUGCUGCCCAGCAGGAGACCCUGAAUGACUGGGACUCUCAGUUCACUUUCAAAUAUCAUCACGUGGGCAAACUGCUGAAGGAGGGGGAGGAGCCCACCGUGUACUCAGAUGACGAAGAACCAAAAGAUGAGAAUGCUCGGAAAAAUGAUUAAAGCAUUCAGUGGAAGCAUAUCUAUUUUUGUAUUUUGCAGAAUCAUUUGUAACAUUCCAGUCUUUCUUUAAAACAUGGUGAUUUCAAUAUUUAGAAAAGUUUUGAACUUGCUGUAAAGUUUUUAAUUAACAUCACUAGUGACACCGAUAAAAUUAACUUGUCUUAGAAUGCAUGGUGUGUUUGUCACAAAUCCAGAAAGUGAAGUGCAGUGCUGUAAUAGGAUUGUUAUUACUGUCUUCUAUCUGUAGUUAGCACAGGCUGAAUUUAAAUUGGUCUUUCCUGAGAAACAGAUAGGACUUGGGUAUUUCCCCCAGACAGGUUAAAAAAAGUUCAAUGCAGAUUCCUUCAAACACCAAGAACAAAGGAUUAACUUCCUCAUGAUGUCCUCUAAAAGACAGCAAAUCCCUUAUUUCUCAAUUGACUUCACUGCAUGAUUUCUGUUUUAUCUACCUCUAAAGCAAAUCUGCAGUGUUCCAAAGGCUUUGGUAUUGAUUAGUGGGAAUGUGGUCCAAUAACUAGAUCUCAGAGCUGGCUCAGUUGGAAGAAACCUAUUGACUUUCUUUCUAGAUUGCUGCAAUGUCCUUGUCUUCCUCUGAACACUCCAAUACCCUCACUAACAGUAAUCUUCAGUGAGGAUUCAAACAAGAUCACAACAUUCAAAAAAAAAAAAAAAGCUUUGGGAAAAAAAUAGCUUGUUUGCCUAAAAAUCUAUAUAUAUGAAGAUGAUAGGGCUGUCUUCUGAUUUCUCACAUUCGUGGUGGGAAAAUGGUUAUUUGACAUGAGAGGGGCACGUGGAACAGGUGUUUGCUCUAAGAGCCUUCACACACCCAAGAAGGAGUAAACUGUAUAUGACUAGCGUGGUUUUUAAAAGUAUAUUCACAAGAUGUCACUCUGUUGUUACAAAACUGUAGGCACCGCAAAAGUAGUCAAGUAUCCAGGUCUAUCGAUAUUGGUCUUUUGGUUAACAAUAAACUUAGUUAAGUAGACUGUACAGUUAUAUGAAGUUGUAAAAGUCUUAUAUGAACAACUAGUGAGGGUUCGAACUCUUGUAAUUGUAGUUAAAUAGUUGUAUUUUCUUGUGAACUGUGUUUAAUGGUUUUACCUCAAAUCAAAACAAAAUGAAGUGCUUUGGUCUGUUAAUAAAAUGGUUGGACCCAGCAUACUG